CUCCGUGGCACGUCACUUCCUUGCAAACUUUCCCGUGAAUAUGCCCGUGCAAAAGUUGUUUGUCUUCAAAGGCUGGAGGCUGUGGGGCUGUUUCCUCGCCCUCUGACUGCGGGGGGCGGGGGAAGAGAAGGACCUUUCUCUCUCUCACCCCCCUUUCCUUUCCAUUCUCGCUUUUCCCCCUCGGAUUUGCAUGUCAGGUUUCCUGUGUUUGUCACAAACGAACGGCUAGUAUGGACAGGCUGCCUGGCAAGGGCUGAGCCACCAGGACCGUUAGACUGGCAAGGGAAGGAGAGAAAGAAGAAGAAGAAGAAGAAGAAGAAGAAGAAGAAGAAGAAGAAGAAGAAGAAGAAGAAGAAGAAGAAGAGAUUGCGAGCCGAUCAAGUCCUCAACCCCAGCAAGCAUCCCGUGCCCGGGGACUUUCUCUACAACCCUCUCUUUUUCUUAGCAGCUGCGUCCCCAACGGCUCUCCGUGCCCCAGGAGCGCUUGGCAAGCGCAGCGCAGAGACCCGCCGCUACCGCAUCGUUAAGAAGUCAUGGCCAGCGACUACACGGCGAGGAGCCUGGACAGCAUCGACCUGUCUGCGCUCAGGGAUCCAGCAGGGAUAUUUGAACUAGUACAAGUUGUUGGAAAUGGGACGUACGGGCAAGUCUAUAAGGGUCGCCAUGUGAAGACUGGGCAGCUUGCAGCAAUCAAGGUUAUGAAUGUGACGGAGGAUGAAGAAGAGGAAAUCAAACUGGAAAUAAACAUGUUGAAGAAAUAUUCCCAUCACAGGAACAUUGCAACAUAUUAUGGAGCAUUUGUAAAGAAAAGUCCUGUGGGUCAGGAUGACCAGCUGUGGCUGGUGAUGGAAUAUUGUGGAGCUGGUUCUGUGACGGAUUUGGUGAAGAAGACAAAAGGAAACUGUUUCAAAGAAGACUGGAUUGCGUAUAUAUGCAGAGAAGUUCUCAGGGGAUUAGCACACUUACAUGCUCAUCAUGUUAUCCACCGAGACAUUAAAGGGCAGAAUGUGCUCCUGACAGAAAAUGCUGAAGUGAAGCUGGUGGAUUUUGGAGUGAGUGCCCAACUAGACAGGACAAUUGGCAGAAGGAACACAUUCAUUGGGACCCCCUACUGGAUGGCACCGGAGGUCAUUGCUUGUGAUGAAAACCCAGAGUCAACAUAUGACUACAGAAGUGACUUGUGGUCACUGGGAAUCACAGCUAUCGAGAUGGCCGAAGGGGCUCCUCCAUUGUGUGACAUGCAUCCCAUGAGGGCUCUGUUUCUCAUUCCACGGAACCCUCCCCCAAAACUGAAAUCCAGAAAAUGGUCAAAGAAAUUUCUGAACUUUGUGGACACCUGUUUGGUUAAGAAUUACGUGCAUCGCCCAGCAACAGAUACCCUGCUUAAACAUUCCUUUAUCAGAGACAUGCAGAAUGAACGACAGGUGCGCAUCUUGCUAAAAGACCAUCUAGAUAGGACCAGGAAGAAGAAGGGAGAGAAAGAUGAAACAGAAUAUGAAUACAGUGGAAGUGAGGAAGAAGCCGAUGAGCUGAAUGAAGAUGAAGGAGAACCAAGCUCCAUUGUUAAUCUCCCUGGUGAAUCCACCCUCCGCCGUGAAUUCCUGAGGCUUCAGCAAGAGAACAAAAGCCAUUCCGAACCUCAGCGACAGCAGCAGAUCCAGAAGCAGCAGCUUAAAGACCAGGAAAAGUACAAAAAGCAGCUCUCGGAAGAGAGGCAGAAACGGAUUGUGGAACAAAAGCUGCAGAGGAAGAAGUUGGAGGAUCACCAGAAGAGAGAAGAGCUUCGGAAGCAUUUGGACUUCGAAAGGAGAUGUCCGGAGAUCAAGGCAGCUCAAAACAAAAUGGAGAAGGAUAAAGAUGUCCUGCAAAGUCAUGAAGAUGAGUGGAGCAAAGUGGAAGGAGACAAGAAACUGGAAAAUUAUCAGAAAAAAGUUGAAGAAGUGCAUCAUGGCAAGAAGCUUCAUCGGACUCUUCCUAAAGAUCAAACACAGCUGCUUUCUCUCCAACAUGACCACAAGCAGAAGAAUAAAGAUCCCCCGAAGCUCCUCAGCCCCCAAACCCGUCUCCCAUCAAACAGUGCAAGCAAAGAGAGUGAGAGCAAGCGUGAGAAGAGUGAUAGUAUCCAAACUGAUCUCAACUGGGCAGCCGUUCUUGGGCAUGAUGCCACCUCACAAGGUCGACUAGGUUCUGGAAGCAACUCCAGCCCAUGUACUCCAGCUUUGCAAAGAGCAGUGGUGGCUCAGAGUGAAAACCUACGGGCCAGUCGAGAUAUGUAUCACAGCAGUUCAUUGUCUGAUGUGGCUGGCACCCCAGCGGGCCCCAGUCAGGACGAUGUCUUCUGGAGUAUAUGUCAAAGUGAAGAGCAACCUCCAAAGGUUCCUGAAAGGACAACCUCAAAAAUUUAUACCAGAGAUCAUCUUGGUAACCAGAGUUACCCAUCAAGCACACAGCAACCAUCCCUGGGGGGACCUGCAACGAAAACCAACAACAGCUGCUGCAACUCCAGCAGCAGCAGACAAAGGGAGUCGGCAUCUCAUCAGAACAAGCGAUCGGCUUCAGGGUCAUCCCGGCUAAACAGCCACCACCAGUCGUACAUGAAACCUGGAAAUGCAUCUCAUCAGUUUCAUAUUUCAAGUCCACCCUUUUUUGGCAAGGGGAGAGAUGGCGGCAACUUGCUCCAGAAAUCAUCAGAAUAUUCAUCCUCCAGUGAUGAGGUGUGCAGCAGUGACGACGAUGACAGCGAUGGCAAUCAGAUACGGCAACUACCCAGCAAUGGAGUGAUGGGUUUCUCAAGGGCAAGAGUUCCAGACGAGACUGAACCGAACCCUCAGAGUUCUGUAGUGGAUCAGAAGGGUUGUGUUGCAGGAAAGCUCAGCUGCAGUUCUCAGGAACGAUUCUGGGGCAUGAGCAACCAAAACUAUCUUCUCCCAGACCUGUUGCAACAGAGCCAGGUUUCGAAUUGUUCAGCAAACCAGCUGAAAGUUGCUCAGAACCACUUUCCGGAACCUCAGAGCCAGGCUAUUCCCAACAAGGCACCGAGCACUAACAACACUCCCUCAAAAAAUAGUUCCUCAUCUACGACAUCAUUCACAUCAUUCAUAGAUCCUCGGCUUCUACAAAUGUCACCUCCUUCAAGUCCAACUGGACCAAACUGUGGUUCUCCAUCCAGUGUGAAACCAGAGCCCACCAGCAGGCAAAACGCAAGGAAAGGCUCCGUUGUCAACGUGAACCCCACCAAUAUCCGCCCACAGAGUGACAGCCCAGAAAUCCGCAAAUACAAAAAGAAGUUCAACUCUGAGAUCUUGUGUUCUGCGUUGUGGGGGGUGAAUUUGCUUGUGGGGACUGAGAAUGGAUUGUGGCUUCUAGACAGAAGCGGGCAAGGAAGAGUUUACUCAUUGAUAACCAGGAGGCGGUUCCAACAGAUGGAUGUGCUCGAAGGACUCAACGUGCUAAUUACCAUCUCAGGCAAAAAGAACAAGUUGCGUGUGUACUAUCUAUCCUGGCUGAGGAAUAAGAUCUUGCGGAAUGAUCCAGAUGUGGAAAAGCGACAAGGCUGGGUGUCUGUGGGUGACCUAGAAGGCUGCAUACACUACAAAGUUGUGAAAUACGAGAGGAUCAAAUUUCUUGUGAUCGCUGUGAAAAACUCAGUUGAAGUCUACGCCUGGGCUCCUAAACCAUAUCACAAAUUUAUGGCAUUCAAGUCCUUCACUUCACUUCACCACAAACCACUGUUGGUUGACUUGACGGUUGAGAAUGGACAGAGGUUAAAAGUGAUCUAUGGCUCACCAGUUGGAUUUCAUGCUAUUGAUGUGGACUCUGGCUCAGUGUAUGACCUGUACCUUCCCACACAUAUCCAAGGGAAUAUCCACCCUCAUGCUGUUAUCAUACUCCCUAAUACCAGCGGAAUGGAACUACUUCUUACCUAUGAAGAUGAAGGGGUCUACAUCAACAUAUAUGGACGUUUCUCAAAGGAAAAUGUUUUGCAGUGGGGAGAAAUGCCAGCAUCUGUAGCCUACCUUCAAUCGAACCAAGUUAUGGGCUGGGGAGAGAAAGCUAUUGAACUGCGCUCGGUGGAGACGGGAAGCCUGGAAGGUGUGUUUAUGCACAAGAAAGCGCAGAAGCUGAAGUUUCUUUGUGAAAGGAACGAUAAGGUGUUCUUUGCAUCUGUGCAGUCUGGAGGCAGCAGUCAAAUAUACUUUAUGACACUUGGCCAGAACAUACUAUUCAACUGGUAAAUCACAUCAGGAUGAAAUAUCGUUUGAUCUUUCCCACUGGGUGUAAAAAGGAAGCCGGUUGCAGACGUUUCCAUAUUUUUCCACAAGGAGUAACAAGAACCCUACCAUCAUUAUACCGUCCUUCAGCUGUGGAAAAGUUCGAUUUUCUUUUCUUUUCACAUAAAUAUUGUAAUGUUGUUUUGCUAAGUGUUUUUUCAUUCUGGACAACAAUAUGUAGAUAUAUCUCUUGCUGUGAGCUGGAAAUCCACUUGAUGUUAAAUUGGUUUUGUAUCCUUUUGCUCUUCUUGAAAAAUCUUAGCCAGAAGUAUUCAUCUUCAUCUCAGAACUUACAAGUGAUAACUUUUACUUCUCUGCAAAAAUUACUUAUUGGAUUCUUUCUUCAGUCGGGGCAAGUCCAGGAGACGUCCCCAGUGAUCUGUUACCCGUAAGUCAUUUGGGGCUGCUGGGUUCUCCUGGAGACAUCCUGGUUUUUAUCAGGUUUUGAAACCUUGUAUACGUAAUGACAGUACACUGCUAUAUACACUAUUACUGUAUAAUGUAUUUCUAAUGAUAUUUUAAACAGCAAUGUAUUGCUUACAGACAUGGGGUGUUUGUAGAUGGAUCCUACAAACCUUGCUUGCACUCGUUGCCCUUACUUCAAGUGCAGCAUCCAAGCUCCUUCUAGUUUUUGGGGUGACAUAAUCUGGUUUCAAUAGAAAUUGCUAUUUAUGUAUAA